UGCUUUUAUCGGAACGAAACUGGACAUUGGUUACUGCUGAAAGUCGGUGAAAUCGGCUAUAAUGGUUUGAUAAAACAUGUUUGUGACCGAUACACCGAUUCACCGGGUAUCGUGCAAUAUUAUGCUGCUGUUCGUGAUGACAUUCCGCACAAAAGUCCUCCGAAUAAAGGCAGAAAUAAGAAUCUCCCAGAUCCGAUCGAUAAUCGUCUCAAGAAAACGCCAAUUCGUUGGUGGCACGCAAAUGCAGCUCAUUUCAUCGAAAACNGCAGAUGA